AUGAAUUCAAGUGUGUUGAUGAAUGGUGAUGACAAUGAAAAAUCAUAUCCUCAAUAUAUCGCAAUUAUUGCAGCAUCGUUUGCUAUUUUAUUUUGUAUUAUUGGUACUUUAGGUAAUGGAUUAACUGUUAUUGCAUUUGCAAAAUAUAAAAAAUUACGUCGACAACCAACAACAAUAUUUAUUAUUAAUUUAACAAUAUCUGAUUUAAUGCUGUCAACAAUAUGUAUGCCAUCAUUGGCAAUUGAUUUUUUGACAAGUGACGUAAUUGAUGGUAUUUUGUGUAAAAUAUCUCCAAUGUUGUUUUAUGGAAAUUUCAGUGUGUCAUUAUUCAGUCUCAUGGCAAUUGCAAUCAAUAGAUACAUUUUGAUAGUCAAACCAGCAAUUCACAAUAAAAUUUAUACUACUAAAAAUAUAAUAAUAAUGCUCGCAUCAAUUUGGAUAUUUAGUUAUUCACUACUUUUACCAACAAUAUUUGAAAUAUGGGGUACUUUUGGUCUCGAUAAGAAAACAAUGAUUUGUGAAAUAUUGGAAAAAGAUGGUGAUUUUGCAAGUCCAAAAACAAUAUUAAUUAUCGUUGGAUUUUUUUUACCUUGUUCUGUUAUUAGUUUUUCCUAUUAUCGCAUUUAUCAAAAAAUCGAAGAAAGUCGUAAAAAAAUGUUAUCACAUUCACCAACUCAAACUAGAACAACAGCAGCAGUCUCAAGUAAAACAGACAGUCAAGAAACAAGAAUUACAAAGCUAAUGUUUACAAUAUUUAUUGGAUUUUUGGCAUGUUUUUUGCCAACAUUUUUGGUAAAUACAAUUGACUAUGAGGAAAAUUAUCCAAUUUUUCAUGUUGGUGAUUCAAUAACAUCAUGGGCUUCUGUUGUAAUAAAUCCAUUUAUUUACGUGAGUACAAAUAAACUCUACAGAACAGCUUAUCGAAAAAUAUUUUCACAAAUUUCUGAAGAGAGUGUUGUUACAAUUCAACAUCAUAACAAUAAUUCCAACAGACAACUUCAAGCUUCCACAAUGCAUCCAAUGACGUCUUCUACAGAAAAUAAUUCAUCUUAUGAUUCUGCUCCAAGCUCACCAAGUCCCCAAGGUGGUGGCUGA